UUACUGCAGACAUUGCAUUCAUUCAGUCUGACAUUCUCGUUAGUCAGCUUCCGAUUGUAUAUUUUCAACGGUGAUAUUUACAACUAUUUCUAAUAAAUGUUUGCGUUUUGCAAAUGACAAGGGGGACAAUGAGGAACCGACUUCAUAUCAAGGUCGACCUUGAAUUACACUCCAUAUCCUGCCCAGGAGUUUGGCUUUGUCCAAGCGGAUAUGUAGAAAUUACUCUAAAGACCUUGGGGUACUUCUUCAAAACUGGUCCAAUGGAACCAAAAUUCCCACUUCUAGCUCAUGAGUCCUUUGCAAUGGAAGGAUUUUUCAAAUCAGUUAGAACAUUGGAAGAUCUAGAGAAGGCGAUAGCAUCAGAACUGAUUGAAAUUGCAAUUUGGCAAACAGGUCGAAGACUAGCUUAUUAUAAAGGGUCAUUGGGGAGGAUACUGCAAUCCGUAGCGUCACAUACCGAUUGUGUUCACAUACUCAGAUUCGGUAGCUGCAUUCAAAAGCAGAUAGUUGUUCAGUUGUUGAUGAACCCGUCGAGAAAUUUCCCGGGUGUCCUUGCCCCAAAAAUUGAAAUAUCUGGCCGAACCACUGUUAGAAAUCCCGGUCAAGUAUAUUCCGGUUACCAUCGUGACCCUUCUGAAAUACCACUCAACCUGCCACCAGUUGAAAAGGAAGAAAUACCGCAUGAGGAACGGCAUAAUCAGAUCAAAAGUCUUAAAAGGCAACGGCCAGUUUGUCAUGCUAAGAAAAUGUCAAAGCUGGCUACAGCUCCUGGAUGCCUGCAGGCAGAUGGUCAACGAAUUGAAGCUAAUGACGAUCAAAUACCUGUUUGCAUAUUGGCUAAUAAAAUACGAUAUGGAGAUGUAACGCAAAGUGUGAGUAGGAGCAGCAGUCACGGGACUUCUGGAAUAUGUCCUUCAUUGCACUCCCAUUUAAGAACUGGAAGUGCAUCUUCACACUACAAUAGCUCCCAGGGUUUUGACGUUUCGGAUACGGAAGACCAUUCAAAAUCGUGCCAUAUAUGCCAAUCUUAUAUAAGCACGUUCAGUUCUGCAAGUCGACCCUAAGGACCAAUUCGUCGGUGUCUCCUUUUAUUUUUAUAAAAUAUUUAUAUGUAUGUACAUUUCGCAUAUUGAAAGAUUGAAAGAUAAAAAUUUGAUUCCGUUUUAUUUUGGCUUUUCAUCUAGUGUUUCAUUCUAUAAAAC